UCUAAAUUUCUGCCUUUAUACAAGAUCAUAAAUAAAUUUGAAACAAAAGGUGUUGUUAAUCAAAAAGAUCAUCUAGGAAUGAUCUCUUCAGAUUUUUAACUCAGUGUAAGUUUGUUUAAUUACCCUAAAGAGGCCAUAGUUUAAAUUCUGGAGGCUACAAAAAUGCAUGCCAGGAAAUUCCAGGCUUCCAAGGGACCUUUCUUAAAUUCCUCUUUAUUCGUCUUUUUUCCUGUAUUAAAUAGCUUUAAAAUCUACCAACUACUCAUUGUCUCCUCAAGAAUAAGAUCUUUCAAAGUCUGAUUUUAAUCACUGCCAAAUCUGAGUGUCUGUUUAUUAAUUUUUUGUCAUAUUACUGAGAACUUGUCUUUGACCUCAUAGCUGUUUCCUAGCAACCCUCAUGAACAUAAGGAAUCAGUGAGCCCCUUUGCUCUGUGGGGCAAAGGGAACAGGCCCAGAGGCAGCAGCUUGCAUCCUUUGGCCCAGCCCAAGUCUUCAGUACCCUGAGACAGGAGAACCUUCAGCUUGGAGCGGUGCUACUUUUGACAGCCUCUCUUGCUCAUCUGAUAGGGCGUCUUGGCCCUUGCCUUCAUGAAUUUUCUUUCUUUUUAAAGAUUCCUUAUACCCGACCAAUGUGUCACACUUCAUAGAGUGUUUUCAUGUGCCCUGCAUCAUUUGAUGGUCAAAAGUGAUCUCCCUGAAAUAGGUGGGGAAGGCUUUAUAUAUGGAGGAGGAAACAAUUAGAAAUUCAGAAAGGGACAUCCCAUGUUGAAGGAAUUCAUUUAUGAUGCAGAGAGAAUUCAACUGGAAUACCCAGAGGGCUCUGGCUAAGGGUGGUGAAAUGCCUGUGGAGACAUGAAGACUUCGGCCACUGGUUUCAUCCUCACAAGUCUGGCGUUGACUGUCUACCCGCCAUUGGUGGUGACUUCACCUAAAACACUGGCCAUCCCUGAAAAGCUUCAGAAAGCUGUAGGGAAAGUUAUUGUCAAUGCUACAACCUGUACUGUGACUUGCGGCCUUGGCUAUAAAGAGGAGACCAUCUGUGAGGUGGGCCCUGAUGGAGUGAGGAGGAAGUGUCAGUCUCAGCGCUUGGAAUGUCUGACCAACUGGAUCUGUGGGAUGCUGCAUUUCACCGUCCUCGAUGGGCAGGAGUUUGAGCUUAGCUGUCUGAGUUCAGACAUCCUGGAGAUUGGACGGAAAGCUUUCCGCUUCACCUGGAGACUUGCACGGGGUAUCAUUUCCACUGACGAUGAGCUCUUCAGACCCUUCAGAGCUGAAUCCUAUUUUUUGAGGUUUAAACCUGUCCAGGAGUAUGAUUCUGGGACAUACCGCUGUGAUGUGCAGCUGCUAAAAAACUUGAGGUUUGUGAAGAGGCUCUAUUUUGGGCUGAGGGUCCUUCCUCCAAAGUUGGUGAACUUGAAUUUCUCUCAAUCUCUUACCGAGGAACAGAAGUUAGUAGAUGAAGGCUUGGAGGUUAAUCUGGACAACCAUUCCAAGCCUUUCCGGCCAAAGUGGCAAAAGAAGGUGACAUUGGCCUUGGGAAUAGGAAUUACUGGUGGAGUGGUUGGUGGUAUUUUGGUGAGCAUUGUCCUCGGCAGUAUGUGGAGGGGGACUGAUGGCACUUGGAGCCACAAGAGCUUACAAGCCUUGCUCCCGAGGGACUGCCACCCAGAAACCCAGGCUAGCUCUUCAGGGAAUGCUCUGGGUGUCAGGUAGUGAAUCGGCUAGGAGGGAGGCUCCUACUGCCAAAAGGUUGGGUGAGGGAUGUGGAAGGAGCAGCCUCUUGUUAGCUGUGGGCAACCAUCACCAGCUGCUUUAUGUCCCACGUGGGUCUCUGCUCCACAUCUCCCUGGCUCUAAGUUCUCAGGAGACUGCAGGCAAACUCCUGUUCCUGGGAAGAGUUCUGUCUUCCAAACUUGCAUUCUCUCUAACCUCUGUGCUUUCUCAUCUCCAUCUCCCCUCUCUUGAGCAGCGUACUCAUAGUGAAAACAUUUUUUUCCUCUUCAAUAAAAGUAAUUUAUAUGGAAACCUAGCAUUUUUCUUUCUUGCAUUUGUUUAAAUGGUCCCAUAAUCAGUCUGGCUUCAAUUUCCCUUGGAUUUCUUAAUAGUAGACAAUGGACAAAUUGCUUUGUAGAGGGCCCAUGCCCAUAGGUGGCAGAAGUUGUUAGUAAUGACACCUGACUCAGGUGUGUAACAAUCCCUAAAUGUUACCUGCCCUCUCUGCCCUCCCCAGGUGAACCCUCUAUGUUCAAUGUUAAAUUAAAUUUCCUUGCAAAACAGAGAUACUUCACCUGAUCAUUGAAGCAGUUCUGUGGCUUGCUCCCUGCUCCUUUAUUUUUGCUUACUCAGUGCCCUGAAGUUUGUGCUCCUGGAAAGAUCAAUGUAUAGGUCUCUGAUAGUAGCCAAAGCUCCCAUGGGAGGACUCGCACCUUAUUCCUCUGUACAAGAUUCAGUGUUAAGACUUUUGGGGACCAUUGAGACUAUCCAAGAUAAUUGGGUUAUGGAACUGUCAGGAACCAAAGACUGGUGGUUCUCUCUCUCCCUUGAGCCAUGUGUCAGAAUCACCUGGAUGACUUUUUUGGAAAAUAGAUUCCUGAGCCCCAACUCUGGAGAUGCUACUUCACUUUAAAUUAUGGUCAAAGGGUCCUUAUUACUUUCUUUACUUUUAAAAAUUUCAAACCCAGAGAAAAGUUAGAAGAAAGGUUUAUAGUGGUCACCCAUAAACCCUUUGCCUAGGGUUCAUCAGUUGUUAGCUGUUUGACAACAACUGCCUAAGUUACAGAUUUUAUGAACCACUUGAAAGCGCCACAGACAUUGUGACCCUUUAUUGGAAAGUAAAUCAGGUAUGUAUCUUGUAGAGACAUUCUCCUGUAUAACUACAAUACCUCUACCACACCUAAGAAAAUGAACAAUUCCCAGUCUUAACAUAUAAUUUAUGUUCAGUUGCUCCAAUUUUCAAAAUAUUAGAGCUUUUUGAUGUAAUUUCUUGAUCUAGGAGCUAAUAAAGCUUCAUGUAUUGCGUUCAA